AUGUACCCACCAGGCCCGCUCAGCCUCUGGCUAGUGGGACCCCUUCCCGGAGACCUAACACGCCUCGCUGGUCCGGAACAGAUUUCUGGUUCGGGAAAGAUUUGGACCCAGGGCUCUGCCUGCUGCCGAAACGGCUGGUGGGGCCUGCAGACGGGCUCCGUGGUGCCCCCUCCUGCCCGGGUUUCUGCCUGGAAAGCGCGCAGGCGGCUGGAAGACAGGGGGCGGCCGCUGCCCCCGCCGCAAGCAGGCCCCUUGGGCGAGCGGGGGCUGCGGCCGUCUCUGCAGGCACCCCAGGCCCCGCCUGAGGCCGGGACUCCGGAGCGCGGGCCCUCGCUCUACUCCUCCGCGCAUCUAGGGGGCAGCCUGAGCCGGCCGGAUUCCGGAGCCGUCCGGGUCAGGGCCCCUGCCCGCGCGGCCCUUUCCCCCUCGCCCUUCCGGGCUUGGAGAAAGGACCGGAAACGAGGACGGCGGUCUCCGCACAGCGUCCCGCGGGCCCCUCGAGACGCUCGGGGCCGUCGCCGCCUGAGGCACUGGGCUGGCCGCACUAAAGGUGGUGCUUGCGAACCAGGGCCUAGCUGCCGGCUGCACCUGCGCGCCCCGGUGUGUGCGCAGAGCCUGGCCGAGCCCUCCCGCCUCCUGCACGCUCGGCCCCGGGGAGGCUACCGGCCCCAGCCGACUACCAAAUACACACUGAUCGAUGAGCAGGACAUCCCCCUGGUGGAAAGCUACUCCUUUGAGGCCCGGAUGGAAGUAGAUGCGGACGGAAAUGGCGCCAAGAUCUUCGCUUAUGCCUUUGACAAGAACCGAGGCCGGGGCUCCGGGCGGCUGCUGCACGAGCUGCUGUGGGAGCGGCACAGGGGCGGUGUCGCCCCUGGCUUCCAGGUUGUGCAUCUCAAUGCUGUGACCGUGGACAACCGUCUGGACAACUUGCAGCUGGUGGCCUGGGGCUGGCGGCCCAAGGCUGAGGAGCUCUCUAGCAAGCAGAGGGAGCAGAGCUUGUACUGGCUGGCGAUCCAGCAGCUGCCCACAGACCCGAUCGAGGAGCAGUUCCCCGUCCUGAGUGUCACCCGCUACUACAACGCCAACGGGGACGUGGUGGAGGAGGAGGAGAAUUCCUGCACCUACUACGAGUGCCACUACCCACCCUGUACCAUGAUCGAGAAGCAGCUCCGGGAGUUCAACAUCUGUGGGCGGUGCCAGGUGGCCCGCUACUGUGGCUCCCAGUGCCAGCAGAAGGACUGGCCCGCCCACAAGAAGCACUGCCGGGAGAAGAAGCGUCCUUGCCAGCACGAGCUUGAGCCUGAGCGGUGA